AUGUCCCGGUUUCUGUUUCUUCUCUUCAUCUCUGCGCUCCUGGCCUUGAGCGUUACCGCCUCAGAUUACUAUGAGCGAUUGACUCUGACCCCUUUACCCCUCGGUUCUCUCCUCGCCUCGUUCGACUUCCGCAGCAAUGAAAGUGCCACGGACUAUGAAGCCCAGAAUUUCAGAUACUUCCCCCGCUCUCUGGGCCAGGCGUUGAGGCAUGCCGACACGCAAGAACUACAUCUGAGGUUUACCACAGGACGAUGGGACCCGGAGACUUGGGGAGCGCGUCCAUGGGACGGCACAAAAGAGGGUGGCACCGGAGUGGAGCUAUGGGCAUGGAUAGAGGCAGACUCAGAAGAAGAAGCGUUUGCGAAGUGGACAACCUUGACACAAUCGCUCUCUGGCUUGUUCUGCGCCUCGUUGAAUUUCAUCGAUUCAACAAGGACCACUAAACCUGCCUUGUCCUUCCAGCCUUCAGGGAGAUUCCAGAGUAUGAGCCAGAAACUUCAUUUCUUGCAUGGGGUACUUCCGGGAGAAGUAGUGUGCACAGAGAAUUUGACCCCCUUCCUGAAACUCCUGCCGUGCAAAGGCAAGGCGGGGAUAUCAAGCCUUCUGGAUGGGCAUAAGGUUUUCGACGCUUCAUGGCAGAGCAUGGCUAUUGAUGUUCGGCCAAAGUGCUCUACUGGGGUUGGCGAGCGCCAAAUGGAGAUCAGCCAGACCAUUGACAUUGUCCUCGACAUUGAACGGUCCAAGCGGCCGCGAGACAAUCCAAUUCCCAGACCGAUACCUCCAGAACAACUUGUCUGCGAUGAGUCCAAGCCUUAUCAUUCGCACGAUACUUGUUAUCCUCGCGACAUGGUGGAUGAAAUGCCGUGGUCUCUCAAGGAUGUCUUUGGAAGGACUUUGGCUGGGACAUGUCCUCUAGCGGAUGACGAGGGUCCUGAUUCAAAAGCUGUGUGCCUGAACGUGCCGCACGAUCGAAUGGUGUUAGUCAGCCAUAGCGGGUUUGAAGUCAAAUCCGAGCCAGGUCCUAAUGAAUCAAGGUGUUAUUCGAUAAUGCCUUUCGAAGAAUUCGAUCUCGAAGUGCCCCGACAGCAAUCUAGCACCAGAAAGCACGAUCUGGGCCAUGAGCUCCUUCGAGCAGAAAGGACCAUGACCGGCCACGGCGCUGCACACGGUGGCAUGCGCACCAUCUUUACAAACCCAUCCUCGACCGAGUCCGUUCAAUUCGUCUAUUUCGAGAGCCUGCCCUGGUUCAUGCGCCCUUACAUGCACACCCUCAAGGCUCAAAUCACUCAUUCAUCCUCAACGCCUUUCGACACUUCCAGACUGGAGGAAGAAAAGAUAAUCAUGGACAUGUAUUACCGGCCCGCAAUCGACCGACAUCGUGGCACGCAGCUCGAACUCCUCCUCACUGUCCCGCCCCUCACCACUGUCUCACUAACAUACGCCUUUGAAAAAUCGAUCCUUCGCUAUACAGAAUAUCCGCCGGACGCGAAUCGCGGAUUCAACAUCCCCCCUGCGGUCAUCCGCAUCCUCUCGCCACAGCUCACUGAUCCGGUCACAGGAAAUGCAAGGGAUGUGUAUAUUAGGACGACAAGCUUACUAUUGCCAUUGCCGACGCCGGAUUUUUCGAUGCCAUACAAUGUGAUCAUAUUGACGAGUACCGUCAUGGCGUUGGCGUUUGGCAGCAUCUAUAACUUGUUGGUGAGGAGGUUUGUUGGUGCUGAUGAGGUUGGAGAAGGGAAAUUACACGGCUUCAUGAAGAGGGUAAGGGGUGUGGUACAAGGAAUGGUUGUACGAGCCAAGGAUCGAUUACAGGGGAAAGGGAAAGUGGAAUAG